AUGGAUUCUUUACAUUCGGGAUUGGCAGGACGAAAAGAACCUGAGGCUAUGGCCCAUCCCAUGGUGUCAGGGGCAUUUUUCUCGGGUUGUUGGGAUAUUGUGGGGCUAGAUCUCUUGAAGGUUGCCUCGGCCCUCUUUCUCGGUUGCCCCAUCCCUAGAGCAUUCACGACAUCAUUGAUCUGUCUGAUCCCCAAGGGAGAAUCCCCCAAUUCUUUUACAGACUUCCGCCUUAUUAGUCUUUGCAACUGUGUCUACAAAAUCCUCGCCAAAAUCAUUUCGGGCAGGUUAGCUAGGGUGCUCCCGAACCUGAUUUCCCUAGAACAAGGUGCAUUCGUUCAAGGCAGGUCCAUGACAGAAAAUAUUGCGUUGGCUCAGGAAGUUCUAGGGGACAUCAACAGAAAAGUGCAUGGCGGCAGCAUAGUUUUGAAGGUAGAUAUGGAGAAAGCUUACGAUAGGAUUGAAUGGUCCUUCCUUAGGAAGGUUUUGGGCCGAUUUGUCAAUGGCGAGUUAGCCGACUUCUUCAAAUCGACUAGAGGCGUGCGACAAGGGUAUCCCCUAUCCCCUAGCUUGUACAUCUUAGCUGCCGAGGUGCUCAACAGAGGCUUCACAAGUUUGAUGGACAGGGGUAGCUGUCUUGCAUACCAGGUGGGUAGAAACUGCUCUAGGAUUUCCCUCUUUCUGUACAUCGAUGACACGUUGCUUUUUCUUAGUGGCGGCCUCAAAUCGGUCCGCGCCACUAAGAGUUUCUUAGACUAUUUUCAGAAGGUUUUAGGGCAAAAAAUUAACCUCCAGAAAAGCGGUUUUAUCAACUCCGAUCGCCUUUCUUCAGCCAGGGUCGACGCGAUUCAAAGAAUUCUGAGGAUGGCUAAGGCCUCGGCCAACAUGAUUUACCUCGGAGUUCCAGUUGUUGCGGGCAGAAGGAAAGGUUCUGAAUUUCAGCCGCUGGUAGAUAAAGUGGAUUCUCGGGUGAAUGGGUGGCAGUCUAAGUGUUUAACGAUGGCCAGUAGAGCUACUCUUAUUCAACACGUGCUUAGCAGCAUUCCUGUGCAUUCGCUUGCGGCUGCGGGCAUUCCCGCCUCGAUUUUGAAGGCCUUAGAAAGCCAUUUUGCCAGUUUCUUUUGGGGGUGGGCUGACAGUAGGAGGAAGCAUCAUUGGAGAAAAUGGUCAGAGAUUGCAGCCCCUAAAGCGGAAGGUGGGCUGGGGUUUAGAGAGUUGGCAGAAGUCAUACAAGUGUUGCGUCUCAAGAUGGCCUGGGCCGUGAGGUUCAAGGGUAGCUAG